UUGCACACGCCCUCUCCGAAUCCAAUUAGCAAGUCAAAGUCGGAAUCGGAGUCGGAUUCGGGUACAAAAGAAAAAAGGUCGGAUUCGGAUCCAGUAGGGGAACAUCUUCAGCUCAUAUGAAUUCAGGUGAUUGAAGUUCUCAAAAAGAAGAAGCGAAAAUGCAUUACUGGGUUCGAGCAACUCCGGCAGAUUUCGCCGGUGCAAUUCCUCAACCUAGAAGUGGACACACUGCUGUUAACAUUGGGAAAUCGAAAAUUGUGGUGUUCGGAGGAUUAAUUGACAAAAAGUUCCUUAGUGACAUCACUGUGUAUGACAUUGAAAACAAAUUGUGGUUUCAGCCAGAGUGCACGGGCAGUGGUUCUGAUGGCCAAGUUGGUCCUAGCCCACGAGCAUUCCAUGUUGCUGUCGCAAUUGACUGUCAUAUGUUCAUCUUUGGCGGGAGAUCCGGUGGUAGAAGGUUAGGUGAUUUUUGGGUUCUGGAUACUGAUAUAUGGCAAUGGUCAGAGCUGACAAGUUUUGGUGACUUACCAUCUGCAAGGGAUUUUGCAGCUGCUUCAGCCAUUGGAAACAGUAAAAUUGUAAUGUUUGGUGGCUGGGAUGGUAAAAAGUGGUUGUCAGAUGUCUAUAUCUUGGACACAAUGACUCUUGAGUGGACGGAGCUAGCUGUUUUGGGAACUAUACCUCCGCCUAGAUGUGGCCAUACUGCUACUAUGGUUGAGAAAAGAUUGCUUGUCUAUGGUGGUAGAGGAGGAGGAGGGCCAAUCAUGGCUGACUUAUGGGCUUUGAAGGGCCUAGUUGAAGAAGAGAAUGAAAGCCCUGGAUGGACCCAACUGAAGAUUCCUGGUCAAGCUCCUACAGCGCGUUGUGGACAUACAGUCACCUCUGGAGGACUCUAUCUCUUGUUAUUUGGAGGUCAUGGAACUGGUGGUUGGUUGAGUCGGUAUGAUGUUUACUACAAUGAUUGUGUUGUUUUAGACAGGGUCUCUGUACAGUGGAAACGCCUAGCAACUACUAAUGAACCGCCAGUUGCACGAGCCUACCACUCAAUGACCUCAAUUGGGUCACGAUAUUUGUUGUUUGGAGGGUUCGACGGAAAAUCAACUUAUGGUGAUCUGUGGUGGUUAGUUCCAGAAGAUGAUCCAAUUGCUAAGCGCGUAACGGCUGCUCCUCGCAAGGCCAUCCAUGAAAACCAGGAUGUUUCAAUGACAAGUAUGGAGAAGGAGAGGCAAAUGCAAGAAGAUGCUGUGUCAGAGUUGCAGAAAAGGAUAGGAAUUUCAGUAUCCAUCUCCGAUUCCAAUGCGAAGAAAAUUGUAGAUGAGUUGGAAGAUACAGAACUAUUAGAAUUGGCAUCUAAAUUCAUUGGAGAGGGAGCUCUCAGUAAUAAGGAGGCUGUACAAUCACUUCGCGACCACUGGUCAAAGUCCUCGCCGAAUUCAAUUCAAUUGAAAGAGCUUAGCCCAUUACAUCGUGACUACAAGCGCAGCGUUACCCGCAUUAAAGAGGAAAAUCUUGGAGCAUUCUUGCAAUCCAUGAAUCUUGGAUCUCUGGGGAAAGAGACUUAUAGAUUCUAUCAUAUCAAAAAUGUUAGUCAGUUGCGUAUGGAUGAUAUCCCACAUCUGCUGGCUGAGUACAGACAACUACUUCUGGAUUUAGGAUCAAGCUAAAAACAUCAAGUUCUAUACCAUAUGUUUCAUUGCGAGCUAUCUUCGAGAUUAAUUGUACCACUCUUUGUCAACCCUUAUGAAUUAGGUAAGACAUGCAGAAUCUUGAAUUUACUCCAUAAACCUUCUAGCUUUCCGGCAGUCUGUAAAAGUUUUUUCCUAUAUUGACUUUUAUACCUCUGCUGUUUUUAUUUGUGACAUCUACAUUAUAGUAAUGAAUAUAUGUCAUCCUUCAUAUAGUUGAGAAUUCA